GAGAGCUGUCAUGAAAAAAAGUAUCUGGAUAGAGCGCAAGCUUGUACUCCAGCACGCCACUCGCCAGUCAGACUGAGGCAGGAAAGCUAUUAACAUCAUCACAAAUUUUUAGUUGCAACUUCUUGUAUUAAUCUCCUCCUUGUGACAACCCAAAGUGAGUCUUAGGCUGAAGUUUCUCAAGUGAUUACGUGUGCACUUGCCCACUACAGCAUCCACCAAUUUGCGGAGACCACAUUUUUUUGGGGCAAGGAUUUGCCUUUAAAUAGAGAUUUAAAAUUAAUUUACAGUGUUGCGCAAUGAAAGAUGGGCUCUCACGCAGUGGUGGAUAUGCAACAACAACCCCAAAAGCCAAAUUGCAUCUCACCGUAGGACCUGCAAAUGCAGGAGACGUCCUGGGGGCAACGCGCCUCGGGACAUUCUGGAUGAGACUGAAACACAAACUCUUCGACAUACCCUGUGGGCAACUCAAAAAUGUUCAUUGGAUGAACAAAAAAGCCCCACCGGGAGCUGCCUAUACUCCAACAGAGGUUGAACAUAUUGCGAAUGUCAUAACUCAUGGUAUUUGGGUAGGUCCUGCUGUCUAUGCGGGCCUACAGCUAAUCUGGCGAAGUGGAAGUGAUGCUCACAGGGUGGCAGGAUUCAUCUAUGGCACCGCUCUCUUUCUCCUCUUUGCCAUUUCAACGUUCUUUCACACCGUCUUCUAUUGCAAUCGUAACAGGCAACUGAAGGAUGUUCUCCAUCGGUGCGACCGUGCUAUGAUCUAUGUUUUCAUUGCUGGUAGCUACUAUCCAUGGCUGACACUUACCCCACCUACCCAUCCCACAAUACUCCUUGCGCUAAAGUGGUUGGUUUGGCUCCUCGCGGGAUUAGGAAUCCUCUACCAGCAGGUUUACCAUGAAAAAUACAAAUGCCUAGAGACGUUCCUGUACAUUGUAAUGGGACUCGGACCAUCAAUUGUGAUAAUGAUAUGCGGACAUGAAUUCAAUGGCAUGGAUGAGCUCAAAAUUGGUGGAUUACUCUACAUACUGGGUGUUUGCUUCUUCAAGGCAGACGGUAAAGUUCCAUGUGCCCAUGCCAUUUGGCAUUUAUUCGUUGUCCUUGCCGCAAGUGUCCAUUACUUUGCAAUUCUCAAGCAUCUCUACACCUAAGACACGUUUCUCUCUGCAUUGCAAAAAAAGUUACAAUAUUAUCUAAGAUUUUAAAUGAAUGCAUUGUGAUACCCGAAAGAUAAAAAUGUAGAAAUGGUUAAUCCUUCGUGGUGUACAAAAAGACAUUAGAAGCAACAAAGUAAAUUGUACCUUUUGUACAAUAAGCAAAACCCAUAAACGAAUUUCUUUGCUUCGAUCAUUUUUUUUAUUUAAUUUUUUUUUAAUUAAAAAAUAGUAAAGUAUACGAAAUUUGGAUACUGCUAGGCGGUUUAGCAUUAGAAAAAAAAAUUAAUCUUUUGUAGCGUACGCAAAGUACACAAAAUUAAUGAAAAUUUAGCGGGAAUUGUAUUUAAAAAUGUAUGUUCAUUGGGAAAAAGGAAGUUAUGAACAUAAUUCUUACGCUUAUUAGUUGUUUUUAUUUUGACUAAUUGAAUCAAUGCUGAAGAUAAUGAAUUUUAGACGUUCUAUAUCUCUUAAUAAGCGUGAGAGUUAAGUGUGCUUUGGGAAUGUGUCUUGGCUAAAUUAUUUUUACAUUUAUUUCUAAAGAACAAACAUGAAUGCAAAUUUAUUUAUUUUUUAUUUAGAAAGAACUAUGAAAAUAAUUGAAAAAAAAGAAAUUAAAUAAACUGCAAGAGCAGCAAGGUAAUAAAGAUUGAUCUCUUUCAAUUUAUCCACGACACAUUCCCCAAGACACACACACACUUCCCAUAAAACCAAUAGGAUGACUUAGAACAAAAAUAAGUAGAUGGUUUUCUUUUAGAAUGUUUUCUGCCUUUGAGAAUCCAAUAAAAACAAAAUAUUAUUAUGAGUUGCAUACCAUGUAAGACAUGAAGAUAAAAAUUUGUGCAGUUUAGCAAAUAAAGGGCGAAUUAUUUUGGCUCUCAUCCAAGUGAUGAACCAAUGUCCCAUAAUGCAAAAUCUCUUCCACGUUAAAUGCAAUAAUAUUAUAGCUGCCUGAGAAAAUACGUCACACACCAAAUAAGAAAAAAAGAAAUCCUCAAAAUAAUUUAUUUUCAAAUUGAUCAAAAUCAAUUUUUUUUUAAUUUAUCAUUUGAAUGUGAUAUUUAUUUUGUAAUUUUUAUGGCAUCUCUAGACCAUUUUUUAGGUAAAUAAGAAUAAUAAUAUAGGAUGCUAUAUAUUGUUAGUAGGUAAUAAAACUAGUUUAUAUUGGAAAGUAAAUUUUAGAACACAUUAGAACUUUUUUUAGAGUAAAAAAAAAACAAAAUUUUAAAUAGAAAAAAGAAGUUAAAACUUCACACCUAAAACUCAAUGAAAGCUCCACCAACUAGAUUUUUUUUAAUAUUAUAUUUUCUUUUCUUUUUAAGAUAAAGCAAUAAACUUCUUGAUUUUACCAAAAGUAUAAAAAAACAGAAAUCAAGUAAAGAGUCUUCAAAGGAUUUAAAACAAACAACCCUCCUCCUAAUUUCCCGCCAAAAAAAACAUACCGUAAAAAAAAUUUCAAAUAAAAAGUAUUUCAACAUUAAACAGCCAAUAAGUAUUAAGGAAAAAAAGGACAUAUUAAAAAAGAAGAACUAAAGAUUACAUUAAAGUGCCAAUGAGAAAAAAAAAUGAGUCACAUUUUCAAAGCCAGAUUCUGGGUGGAAAGAAAGAAAAGACUUCAAGAUUGUUGGUAAAAAAAAAAUCUCACGACUAUAAACCGAAUAUGUUUUAUAGGGGGCCUUUUCAACCACCUUAAAAAAAUAUUUAUAAUAGAGGAAAUUAUAAUAAAAAAAGUCAAUCAUAACGCGUCCAGUUAUAAGAGUUGGUGUCCCACAACGUGUAGAAGUUUGUUUAUACGUUGAAAUACUAUUUGUGAGCAAUAUCAGUAGGAAAAGUUGAUUUUUUUGUGAAAUUCAGCAAUUUGAUGCAUAAAAAUGGUCAUAUCUCUAGUUCUAUAACACAUACAGAAAUUUCUUGACUAGUUUUGGAAAUGUCCUGAAAUAAGCUAUAAUUUGAUAUAUAUCUCAAUGAUUUUCAAGGUCACCUCUAGAACACAAAAUGGCGAAUAUUUGUUUCAAAAAAAGAAUUUUUCGCAUUUUUUGCCCUGAAGGAAUGCUUCUAGAGGUUUCUGAUGUUCUAGAAAGUUGUAGAGUUUUGCAAAACCUUUAAUUUGAUACUAAGAUGAGCAUAAUCGGUCAAGCACUGCAGGAGAUAUGACUCUUAGAACUUUUAAAAUGCAAGAAUUUUUCAUAUGGCCAUAUCUUCUAAACGGUGACAUAGAUUUUCUUCAUUUUCGGACUGGUAACAGAUAUUGAGUCCUGCUACAACAUAUCAAAAUUUAAAGGAAAUCGAUGAUGGGGAUUCGGAGAUAUUGCCCCUUAAAGUUAGGCAAUUUUUGUUUUUGUUUUUAGCGCCUCUUGCGGAUGUUUUUGAAACUUGAAAUGUUCUAGGCAGUUGUAGGGCUUCGCAAUACCUUUCAUUUGAUACCAAGAUGGUCAAAAUCGGUUAAGCCGUUCUCGAGUUAUAUCGAAAAAACACUUUUUGCUUUAGGUCGCCAUAUUUGCUAAACGGCUUGACCAAUUUUCAAGUAUGAAUUCUUGAUGAAAACGUCUCACUGAGCCUUACAACAUACUAAAAUUUCAGACCUCUAGCUAUAAGAGAACUGGUUGACGGUAUUUCAAAAUGGCGGACGGCGGCCAUCUUGGAUUUUGAAAAUACGAAAAAAUGAAAUUUUACACCCACAUUUCUAUAGAAAACUUCAAACCCGAAGUCUCUACCUGUUACCGUUCUCGAGCUAUAAGGCAAAGUUUAGAGUCCCGGACGGCAGGCCGGCAGGACGGCAGGACGGCAGGCCGGCCGGAUCAAAAAUUUUCCACCACCAUUUUCGUAAUGUGGGAUGUCUAAAACGUGCUCAUACUAAGUUUGAGCCCGAUCUGAGGUGGUCGGUUUUUCCGACGAUUACAAUACUUGGUGUUGGCCACGAAGUGGAACACCAACUAAUAACAGUUAACUCACGUAAAUAUUAAAAAAUUUCAAACCUUACACCAUAUUAACAGAAAAGUUUUACCACCAAUAAUACAUUUUAUGAGAAAUUAAAAUUAGACAAAAGAAGAAAUUUGUGCUUCGUAAUUUUUAAAAACAAAUUUCAACAAAAAAAAAUUCCUAGGUACUUAGAAGUUAGAGAAAAAAAAGCUGACAAGUAAUAUAUUUGCCACAUCACACUGUAUUGUCUUCCUCUAGACACCACUUAAUGAGAGAGAGAGAGAGA